GCUAGGCCGCGGGCGGGUGGGGGGGCCCGGCGGCGGCCCCGCGGGCGGCCGCCCCUCGGCCCUGCACCCCGGGUCCCCCCCUCCUCCCCCGCGGCCCCCACUCCGAGGGGCUCCGGGCGGGCCGGCGGCGCCGCGGGGCGGAAUCGUGCGCGGGCCCGGAGCUUCUCCCCCGGCGGCGGAGCGCGGCCAGGCCCGGGCCUGGGAGUGGGGGGGGUGGGCGCCCAGCCCUCCCGGCCCACCGCCGUCUCGCCCACCCAUUUCGACAGUCUGCCUCAUCUUGAUCUUCAGCAUUCCAAACUGGUACUCUUGGGUUCUCUUAACAUUGCUAUGGUGCCGAAGAUUUAAAAUCAGCUGAUGUUCACAAGGAAUAGAGUCACGUGAUGUAUGAAGGGAAACAUAUACACUUCUCUGAGGUUGACAAUAAGCCCUUGUGCUCAUAUAGCCCCAAACUGUGCAAGCAGCGGCGACUCAACGGCUACGCCUUCUGUAUCAGACACGUUCUGGAGGACAAGACUGCCCCCUUCAAGCAAUGUGAAUAUGUGGCCAAGUAUAACAGCCAACGCUGCACCAACCCCAUCCCCAAAUCAGAGGAUCGUAGGUACUGCAGCAGCCACUUGCAGGUACUCGGCUUUAUCCCGAAAAAAGAGAGGAAGAAAAAGAAUGAUCCGAUAGAGGAGGUGAAGGUCAGGCACCAGAUGGAUACCAUGGCCUUCAGCCUGACGGUGCCCACGUUAGCCUUGAAGAUGCCCAACGGACUGGAUGGGAUGUCCCUCUCUCCACCGGGGGCCAGGGUCCCCCUCCACUACCUGGACACCGAGUUGGAGGACCCCUUUGCUUUCAACGAGGAAGACGAUGACCUGAAGAAAGGGGCAACCGUGAGGAAGAAGCUGCAGAGCAAGCUGGCCCAGAAUCGGCAGCGCCAGCGAGAGACUGAGAUUUUGAAAGUCCGGCAAGAGCACUUUAGUCCCCCUCCUGCACCUUCGCAGCCGCCGCCGCAGCACGCCCACCUGUCACCAUUGUCCACUUCUCUUAAACCUCCAGCACCGCCGCAGGGUUUAGUCUGCAAGUCACCUCAACCUCAGAACACCAGCCUACCAAUGCAGGGAGUGGCCCCCACCACACACACUAUAGCACAAGCAAGGCAGUGGCCUCACAAGAGGCCGCUGCCCCUCCUGCCAUCCAGUCGGGCUCCUGUCGGGGACCCGCCCCGGACUGACCGGAUCCUGAUGAAAGCCACCGCCUUCUCGCCCCACUUCUCUUGUAUAAGUCGACUGCAGAGACUGGUGAAACUGUGCACCCAAAAGCAUCAGCUGGACACCGACCUGUUUCCCCACUUGGGGCUGGACUGGUCUGAAGAGAGUGGGGAGGAACUGGAGGACUCAGAGCAGACCUCACCCUACCAGGUUGCGUGGUCCAUCCGAGAAACGCUCAGAUAUGAAAGAAACAUGUCAGAUGAUGACGAUACAGAGAGUAGGAGCUCCAGGGUGACCCAACUUUGCACUUACUUUCAGCAGAAAUACAAGCACCUCUGCCGCCUGGAGCGGGCAGAGUCUCGUCAAAAGAAAUGCCGGCACACGUUUCGGAAAGCAUUGCUGCAGGCGGCCAGUAGGGAGCCUGAGUGUGCCGGGCAGCUGAUCCAAGAGCUGCAGAGGGCUGCGUGCAGUCAAACCAGCAUAAGCCGGACCAAGCUGAGGGAGGUGGAACCAGCAGCGUGCAGUGGAACGGGGAAGGGCGAACAGUGCACUAACAAGGCCCUGCCAUUCACCAGACAUUGUUUCCAACAUAUCCUCUUGAACCGCUCUCAGCAGCUCUUCUCCAGUUGCACGGCCAGGUUUGCAGACGGACAGCAAUGCUCUGUGCCGGUGUUUGACAUUACACACCAGACCCCUCUGUGUGAAGAACAUGCCAAAAAAAUGGAUAAUUUCUUGAGAGGAGACAGCUCCCGUAAAGUUCAGCACCAGCAGCAGAGGAAACCCAGGAAAAAAACCAAGCCUCCUGCACUUACCAAAAAACACAAGAAGAAGAGAAGGCGUGGACCUCGUCGACCCCAAAAACCCAUCCCCCCUGCUGUCCCCCAGGGCAACCUCAGCAUGCCCACCAGCGUCUCACUGCCAGUGGAGGCCUCUCAGAUCCGGAGCCCGUCCACGCCAGAGCUGAGUGCUGAUGAGUUGCCGGAUGACAUUGCCAACGAGAUCACUGACAUUCCACAUGACUUGGAACUGAACCAGGAGGACUUCUCGGAUGUCCUGCCACGGCUCCCUGAUGACCUACAAGUGUUUGAUUUUUUUGAAGGAAAGAACGGAGACCUCAUCCCGACCACCGAAGAGGCCGAGGAACUCGAACGGGCCUUGCAGGCCGUCAGCUCCCUCGAGUGCCUGAGCACCAUCGGGGUGCUGACCCAGUCCGACGGCGUGCCGGUGCAGGAGCUGUCCGAGAGAGGGAUCGGGGUGUUCUCCGGCGGCACCGGGGCGUCGGGAAUCCCGUCCUUGAGCCGGGAAGUCAACACGGACCUCGGGGAGCUGUUGAACGGGCGCAUGGUCCCCGACAAUUUCUCCAGCCUCGAGCUGGACGAGAACCUCCUGCGUUCGGCCACCUUGUCCAACCCACCUCCCCCCCUGGCAGGGCAGAUCCAGGGGCAGUUCUCUGCCCCCGCCAACGUCGGCCUUACUUCUGCCACUCUGAUCAGCCAGAGUGCGCUCGGGGAGCGAGCCUUCCCGGGACAGUUCCCCGGACUCCACGACGGCAGCCAUGCCUCCCAGAGGCCACUCCCUGCCCCGCUGCUGAGCAAGGCAGACGACCUAAUCACCUCACGACAGCAAUACAGCAGUGAUCACUCCCACUCCUCGCCCCCCGGAAGCCAUUACGACAGCGAGCACGUGCCGUCCCCCUACAGCGACCACAUCACCUCUCCCCACACGGCCUCGUUCUCGGGGGACUCCAUGGCAGCUACCUUCUCAGCCGAGAUGCCCAUCAUGGCGCCGCACCUGCUCCCCGCCCCGCUCGAGGUGCCCCUGGCCGGGGUGGUGAACCCCAGGACUCACUGGGGCAGCCUGCCCGUCAGCCUGGGCGACGCCUCCCCCUUCAGCAACCUCCUGGGCGCCGACGGGCACCUCCUCUCCACCUCCCUCUCCACGCCCCCCACCACGUCGUCGAACUCAGAGACCACACAGCCUGCCUUCGCCACCGCGACCCCCAGCAGCUCCAGCGUGCUGCCGGGCCUGCCGCAGACCAGCUUCAGUGGCAUGGGGCCGUCCGCCGAACUCCUGGCCUCCACCUCGCCCAAGCAGCAGCUCCCGCAGUUCAGCGCCGCCUUCGGCCACCAGCUGAGCGCGCACAGUGGCAUCCCCAAGGACCUGCAGCCCAGCCACAGCUCGAUAGCCCCUCCUACAGGCUUCACAGUAACAGGUGCCACAGCUACGAGUACCAAUAACGCGUCCUCCCCCUUCACCUCCCCCAACUGAGCGCGUCUGUGUGUCGCAGGCAGGUGGGGAGCCUGGCGUUUUCUUUUUUUUAAAAAAAACCUUCCUUUCCUCCUCGGUAUCACUCCCCCUCCCCUCCCCCCGUCCCAUCCCCACUUCCUCCUUUUCCUAAAGAAGAAUUUUCAAACUAGCAGAUGGGGACUCGAGGGGAACCCCCCUUUUUCCAGUGAAACAAGUCGCUCCCCCCCCACCUCCGUCCCCUCCCCGCAGUGGACCUUGCUGCAGUGUUCACGUGUGCCCCUGUGCACUGGUGCUCAUUCCCUCCCCGCAGGGUCACUGCGCCCCCACCCCACCCCACCCCACCCCCCGUGGUCUCCUUAGUGGCUCAGCACAGUGACUGGAUAGAAGUGAUUUUUUAGCAGCAAGUCUUAGAAGUGGAAGAUACCUCAGAUUACCAGUGCCCUUUACUAUUUCCUAGAGUUCAGAUCAACGCUUUCCCAUUCUGUGGCCAGAUGACUUGACCUAGGUGGUUCUAGAUAGAACGCUGCCCUUCGCAGAUGGUGCCCCGGAGAGGCAGCCCGAGGCUCCGGCUUAGCCCCCCCAGCCCCCCGCCGCCGCCGCCGCCGCCGCCGUCCCCACACGAGGCCAGGACUCCAUUCCUAAUUGUGAUCAUGUUUCAUUAAAAAAGGAAAAAGACUGUCCUUUGACCGCCGGUGUGUGUGUAUGUGUGUGCCCACACGUGUGUGUUUGUGCAGGGCAGGGAGCAGCGGGUGUCCCGUUUGAUGGUCUUCCUUCCCGCGUUUCCCGGCCUCCCACCGCACGGAAAGGUUGGCCGUGCCCUCCCGCCCUGUAGCCGAGCCUCCCGCGGAGAGAGGGGGCUCGGUCGGGUCCGGAGAAGAGAGGGAGAGGGUCUCCACCACGUCAGUCAGCCGGAGGGGAAACGGAGCCGAGAGCUCAAUUCCUGGCAGUGCCAUGGGGGCGGGGGUGAGGGCAGGGGGUGGGGCUCAGUGCCACGGGGGGCGGGGCGCAGCGAGGUGGGGGUGCAGCAGUGGCAGGGUGGCUGAGACUCAGACCUGACUGUCAUCUCGCCCUUUCAGACGUGCGUUUAAAGGUUUCCCAGUCCCCUGUCAUGCAGUCCCUUCACAAAAUGUCAUGGGUCACGGAGUUGACAUGAAAGCGGGAUGGGGCCCGUGGAUUUGGAAAGACGGGGUCUGUGAACUCCCUGAUCCAUCUUUUGCUUUUUUUUUUUUUUUUUAUGUUUACAGUAGUGAUUCUUUGGUAAGACUUGUAAGCUGUUGACGACACUUGUAGGAUCAGUGUGCCCGUGGUGAAGUGAUGUGUCAGAUCUGAAGGAUACACCUUUGAAAGUUUCUUUUAAAGCAGAAUAUAGAAAUUAGAUAUAAGUUUUACUCACCUCUCAGUACUCUUUAAAACAAUCUAGGGACUUGGGCUUAUGUUUGGAGAUUUUUUUUUUUAUUUGAAAUACCAGGACGUUAGGGUUAAAAAUCAUAGGGGGUAGUUUAGUAAGUUGGUGACUCUGAGACGAAUAUGUGUGGUUUCUUUUUUAACCUGCCUUCUCCCGUCCUCCCUUCUCUCUGCCACAAGGCGGAACUAGAUUUUAAAGGCAUCUGUGCUCGCUUCUGCUGAGAAGUUUCACUGUUCCCCGAGGUAUCAUUGGCUAUUUAUACCCGAGUCUAGUCUAAUUUACAUAUAUAUAUUUUAAAAGAUGAGUAGAGAGAACAUAUCUAUUAAUGAUGUGAUAUAAUAAUUCAUUUGUCAGGGAAUAUUUGAUCUUAAUUCCUUUUCAAUAGGUAAAGAUUUGGAUGUAUUUUCCUACUUCCUAUAUGUAAUAUUCUCUUUAUGCCAUGCUAAUUCUUACCUUCUUUUGAAAGCUUUUCCUUCUCUGCUUUUUAGAAGAAUGAUUGAUCAGCAGGCAUUAUGCAGAUCCCACGUGCCUGAGGUCAUGGAGGGCAAGUGUCACAUGACUGUAUGAAAUCAUUAUCUGCCCUAUUUUGUAUUUAUUAAAGUUUCUUUUUGUGGGCCAAAAAUAUGUGUAAUAUAUUUAGUUUUUUUCUUUUUAAAAUCAUGAUAGUUGAUUGGAAGAUUCAUUUUAAAUAGCUUUGCCUUGUUUGCAGAUUGAGAAAUUAAGUUAUAAGUUAUGUCACAAAUCAAAAUUAUAUUUGGUGUCACCUUAAAUUUUUUUUUUCUGAAUGGUGAGAAGAAAUAAUUUGAAUAUUUCUCACUUGUGAGCCUAUGUUAGUAAACUGUUUUAUUUUAAUGUACUGUAACAAGAUGAUUCUGAGUAGUUACCUCUGCUCAAAAGUGUCAUUUAGCUCUCUAAACCCUCCACAUCUCAGUAUAAUUACCACUAGAAACUAUCCAUUCCUAGCGAUUUGAUGUUGUCUCCAUUGUGUGCUAAUUAAAGGUUGUAGCAGAGCAACACAUGGACUGUCAAUUUGAACUUCGCUGGCUGUUUGUCCUGCACAGUGGCUGCUUAAAAUUCUUCAGUUAUCCAAACUGAGUUUGCAGUAAGUUGCACAUUUUAUUUGCAAAUUUCUGUUUUUAUGUGCAUUUAAAAGCCCUUUUCUGCUUUCUAGUAAGGAGGCAUGAAAUGAUCAGGAAUGUUGCCAGUUAUAGCUUCACACCAAAAAUGCUGAGUAAAUUCGUUUUGUUUAGAUGCCCACACGAUGUAGCUGAAGAAAGGGCACCCUUAGGAAGUAUCUGCAUCGGUCUAAGGAGUUAGCAAAAAAAAAAAAAGUUCCCUCCCAUUUAGUCUACUUCAAAAUAAAUCUUGAGCAUGCAGUUGGCAUGGCUCUUGCUGUUUCUUGUGAGUCCCUUUCUGGAAGAGAGAGGAGAAAGAACGCCUGUGACCCCAGAGAUAUCCAUUACUCUUUUCUUCUAGCUAAGUGCUUCUACCCUUAUUAGUUGUAGGCUUUGCUACUGAUAUUUCAAGAAAGGAGUGUUCUUAUUUUUUUUACUCCAGAUAUAUAAACAUCAGUGUCUCUUAAAAGAAUACUUAUGCUAUCAUAAGGCAAUACCAAAAUUAAAAACAAACAUUAUAUAAGGUUCUAAUUAGGUGAAAAGUAGCUUUUUUCCAGUAUUAAACUCAUGAGAUAUAGUGGCAAAGACGCUUCAAACUCUAUUUCUGUAGUUCUUUGGGACCAUUUUAAGGCCAGUUAGAUUGUGUUAAUGUGAUUUUAUUUACCAAGUGGCUGCAGUUAAUGGAUACAUUCUGUGCUCUGAAAUUUGAAUUCCAUUCUAAUGUAUGUUAUUCACUGCUGUGAUCUAUAGCAUUUGAAGAAAAGAUGUGUUUUCUCUCCUUUUCUCCUUUACUCUCUGCAUAAUAGUUAAUAUUAUUUUAAUUAAAGUACUUAAGACAUUGUUUUUCUCUGUAAAAAGAGCUUAGCAAUUUGCACAUCUGGGUAGGUUAUAUAGCUAGUAAACAAUCCACAAUAGUAAAUAGCAAUUACACUUAACCCACCAAGUGACAGACUAUGCAAUGGAAAAUUUUUCUAAUUACCGUCACAUAGCUUAUACAGCAAAGGGUGAUUUUUCUCUAGUAACCUACCGCGUGAGAUAGAACUGCUUUAUAAAUGACUUCCUGAGCAAUUUCAUGUUGGCAGGCUAUGUGGUGUGUCUGGUGUCCCUCCAUGAAAAGAUUAUAACUUCAUGAGAAGCAACUAGAAGGUUUGGAGAUCAGGUUGAAAAUGAUGGGUUUCCCCCUUUCUCCUCCCUUUCUCUUAAAAUUUAAAGAUAAAAUUCUUUAUCUUUACCAAGUAAUUAUUUUUAAGAUUUAUUUUCUACAGAAACCCAAUCUCUCCGCCACAAGUUAAGAAUCAGCAUUUUCUGUGAUGAGCAAACUCUUAAGUCUUUUCAUUGUCUGAGCUAAAUCUCACCCAGUGUUCCUAGGCCCGAGCCAGAGACUUCUCUGAUCAGAAGGAAGUAACGUCUGCUCUGCGCAGGUACCUGCCGGGGGAGGCUGUUGCUCUUCUCCAGGUGUUAUGGAUAGGUAUUUUAAGAACAUGAGGAUAUUAAUGACACUAGUUAUUUAACAGGUUUGAAAUUCAUUAGAAAAAUGUAGGUGUCCACUUUCCAGUUUCUUCAUCCUUAGUUUUAGCCUUUUAAAAUUUUAUGAAAAAGUAGAGUAAAAUUUUUAUUAACCUCUAUUUUAUAAUCUGGCACAUAGAAAAUAACGUAAAGGUCUUCUAAGUCAGCAUUUCUCAGCUGGGGUCCAUGUGGUCUCCCAGGAUAUUUCAGGUGAAAACCAUCCAUCUAAAUGAGGGGCCCCCUGGAAGGAUAAGGGGGCCAUAGGAAGGAGACACAGUUGGAAUGGGGCCAUGAUCAGGAGAAGUUUGAGGAACACUGCUCUGAAUGAUCAACAGAACUCUGCAGUUUAUUGAGGCGAUUUUUGAAGGGUUCCUUAAAAAAAAAAAAUGCAGUCAUACUGAAAAAUCUUUAUUUGCAUCUCUUUCAUCACUAAUCUCUACUAGAAUUUUUUUCCCUGAUGAGAAAUACAUUUCUUAGUUUGCAGGAGAGGAGGGUUGGGGGUAGGGGAGACCUAAGGGGGCCAUACACACACACUAACUUUCUUUUGAGUUUCGUAAGCUUUCCAGUAUCAUAUUCUGGCGGGAACCAAAAUCUGUAUUGAGUAGAUUAACCUUUCGAAUACUAUCUCUCAAACACCAAUGAAGAACACAUUUGGUAUUUGUUAAGCAUUUCCCCCCUUGACCAGUGAGUUAGGGACACAUCACGACAUAAUCAAUAUUAUGUUUUCCUUACAAAACAGAACACACACGCACACACAAAACGAGUCGCGUUAAUGUGAAACUUGUGGGUCCAGCUUCGCCUUAUUUCUGAAUGGAUAAAUCGGCUCCUCGGGCCCGCGUGUCUGUUGCGGUAGCUUCCCUGUCAGCACUGUGAGACGGAGCUGAGGAAAGGCAGGUUGGCUCUUCCCAGAGGCAUGUGGCGGGCCCGGGUGGGAGUCUUGGCUGUAUCUGGGGGGCCCCCCCAGGGAAGCUCUGCCCGGUGCGGGCAGCUCAGCGGCCACGGCUGAGGUGUGCGGCAUGCCCACACAGAGGCCUCGCCUUCCCCGCGUCGGCUUUGGGUUGUGUGUGUGUGUGAGAUAUGUGAUGUGUGUGUGUGUUUGUGUGUGUGUACGUUUGUUUUAAACUGGGGACCACUGAAGUGAGCUCUAUACGCACCCAAAGUUCCCCUGAGGAAAAGAAAAGAAAAGGAAAGCAAAGCUCCACAGGCGGUGCCGCAGGGCCCAGGCGCCCAACAGGGGUGCGAGGCCGCGACUGACGGGAGGUUGGGGACCUGGAGGGGGCGGGUCAGUUCCUCUCCGCAGUGAUCGUGCUUUUCACUGUGUCGUGUCGAGUAUGUCUCAGGGAUUCCUUGUGGAAAUUAGGGCAGUUUUUAGAAAUAAGCAAACUAGUUUUAAGAGAAACUAAAGGUGACUCCACUGAAGAGAGCGCAAGGAAGAGGAAAACCAUAUUCGGUUGCGCGGCCCACAGCGUCUUGCUCACGACUCUCCCGUUUCUCCCUCACGCUCUCCUCUCAGCUUCAGCAGGCAGCCUCCUUUCCCAUCACGCACAGCUUUAAGACUUUUUAUUUAAAAGAAAAAAAAAUCUCCUUCCCCGACGAGCUUUCAGAAUACUUAUUGUAGAUUUUAAGAGAAAAAGGUAUAUUAAUUUAUGCUAUUAACAUCACCUCAUAAAUUAUAAGUUUUAUACUAAAGCUGUAUUGAGUGUAAUGAAUUAUGUUGCCUAUGUGUUUAAUAGCUGAAAAAUUAUAUAUGAGCUUUUUCUUUUCUUUUUUUUUUCUUUCUUUUUUUUUUUUUUUUUUGGACAAAACGAACUAGUGAAGCACCUUUUUACACUGGAUCUCUGCCGUGUCAAGGUGUAUAGCUUUCCUUUGCUACCUUGCAGAUAAUAUAAAAUAAAAAGGAUAUCUUGGGGCCUCAAAAUGUAGAACACCUUUAAACCGUGUAUUACUGCUCAACUGUUGAGAAUCAUGUUUCUUUAGUCAAUGAUCUGUGGUUUACACUUAUGAUGGCUAGAAGCUUAGUUACAGGGUAAAUAGAAAUACAUAAAUCAAGUAAAAUUCCCAACUACUAUAGCUGGAAUUUGUAAACUAAGUUUUUAAGACCUCUUUUAUUUCCUAUGGAUUUAUUCUUUACAGUUUAAUCUGUAAGUUGGGACAUAAAAUAGAGAAAAUAAUAAAUCUAGAUGUUCUUCUCAGUGUCUUAUUCAGGAACUUUUUAUCCCUCCUCACUAAGGAAUUCCCACUGUGACUUAAAUAGAGAAUUAAAUUGCUUGUGUGCAUGUAGAUGUCUGUGGUUUUACACACAUGCAAAACUAUACAUUGGGGGCACUUGUGUGAGAGAUGAAUGUGUGCUUAGAUGAAAAUAGAGAAAGGUAACAGAAUGUAUUGUAAAAAGUAUGAUUUAUUUCAUUGAGGAUAUUGGACUUUUUUUCAUUGUCUCUGUUGUAUAGAUGCUCUAAACUUUUCAUUAUUUUAUCUUGUGCUAAAAGGCUAGGUCUAAUAUCAUGUGCAUCUUAUUUUACCCUUUUGAUUAACUUAUAUUCUGCUUUGCUUUAACAAUGGUAUGAGAAACAGUCGGUUCUAAUAUCAACUUCUCUCACUUUUGAACAUAAGUAUGGGAGAGACAGACAAACCCAGAUAAGAGCAGUGUUUAUCUAUUGGGGUGAUGGGACCAGAGAUCAACUGAACCUUUAUUUAAAUGUUAAUAAUAAAUUUAUUCAUACUCUGAGUUAGAAAAUAAUUGUUGACAUGUCUUUUUUGGGUGAGGUUAAGAAAAUGUAUAGGCCUUUUUAUAAAGAAUGCAAUUUUUGGAUGGGAGUGCUUUGUUCGAACAGUUUGUGGGAUCAUAUAUUUUACCAUUCAUCUUCCAAAGUUGGAAUAAUUUCACUUAUUUCUAAAAAAAAUUUUUUUAAUUACUCCAUUGUAUUACAUAUGAAGUUAGAAUGGCCUUCAACUGAUAUUACUACAUUCCUGUAUUUUGAGUUCUAAGUUGUCAUUUUUGCUGUACAUUCAUUUCUGGAGUCUGGUGGUCGAAAAUAGUCAAAACAGUUUAACAAUUUGGUAUUAAGUGCUUUGAACACAUUUAUUUUUAAUAUAAAAAUGUGUGUUGAAAAUAUAUCAAAACAACGUAUGAUAAUACACCCAAAAUUUGUAGUUGUUUUUCAAACCUUGUUAAUCUUAGAUACAGCCCACACCUUAGGGAAGCUUUAUAUAUUGUUCUUUUUUACAGUUGUGUUUUUGCGGCAUCUCCCAGUUUCACUCACUCUUGCUUUAUAGUUUUUUAAAAAUCUGCAUAUUUCUUGUACAUAUGCAUGCAAAUGAAAGAAGGGAGUUUGUAUUGGUGCCAUUUCUCCCUUCAGUUAGUGGUUAAUGGGAUUUGCUAGAAUAAAUUCCCCCUGAUUGAAGGGUGAAAAUAGACCCUUUUGUGUAUAUCUGUACAGAGAUGUGUAUAUGAGAUGUGGUGGCACUUUGCUGAAUGUGAACUUGCCUUGUCAAUGGAAAGAUUGAGAAGUAUUAUGUUUAUUUAUACAUUUGUAUAAAUCUAUAUAUACACGUAUGUAUAUGUGUGUGUAUAGAUAAAGCUAUAUACAUAUAUUUCCCUAAAAAUGUGUGUGUAUAAUAGGUAAACAGCCUCUGUUAAGCAAGAUUAUAUGUCUUUGGAUUAUUCUGUAAAGCAAAAGGAGGUUACAGUCUAGAGUAUAUCAUCAGAGCAUACUAAAAUGGAAGUCCUUUGGAUUAUAGUCUUGUUUAUGGUUAUUAUAUAUUAAUUCCUGUCAAAACUACUCUUGCCAACUCUACUGCUCUUCAUCUUUUCUGCCUUCUAACUCAGUCUUAUCAUUUAAAAAAUCACACUUCAUCAUGUUUCUACCCAGGUUUUUUUUUUUUAUUACCUUCACAGUUGUUUCUUUUAAAGGUCUUUAUCUAGAAGUUUUUUAGAAGAUUUAAGUUUUGGUAACAUUUUUCCAUAGUAAUUUGAGAAAUUGGUCAUGCACCUAUCUCAGAAACCAACAAAAAGCCAACACUUAAACAAAGGUAAUUUGAAAAUUCUACCUUGAUAAUUUUGGGAUAUGCUACUUGAAAAAGGUGAUUAAGGUUUUAUGAUAUUGGUGUAAGGUUUAUUUCAUUUAUUGUCACUAAUUCACCUUUUAAGAUAUUUGGCUACUCUGUGGUUCAAUCAUAUAUUUACCAUUUUCAUAUUAAUGGAAACUUACAAAAAUCACACAUAAGCCUCUUGAAUUUUAUUACUCAUUGUACUCAUGAUGAAAUGGCUUUAAUGAAUUCUUUCCUCUCUUUUGAUUUUCUCACAUCUGCGACAUUCUGUUUUAACUUUGCUGCAGCUCUCUAGAAAACUUGCAUCCUUAUAUAUUGUGCCUUUAAAGCUCUUAUGCACACACAGAAAAAGUGUAUUUAUACAUGUUGAAGCAUGUGUACAUAUACUUUCGUAUAUACUCACACAGUAUGUCUCUAGUAUAUAUUGUGGGAGUGGAUAUAUAGAUAUUCAAAGGCAAUGAAAUGUUGCUCUCGAGAUAUAUAUGUAUAUAAAUAGUGUUGAUAUACUGUAUAUACACAUGUAUAUGUAUGAGUUUUAAAUGGCAAUCUUUUACAUUUAGCAAAUUGCUGCCCCUACUGGAAUAUUGUCACUACAGUGGCAGUUGUAUGUAAUGAUUUUUAAAGUACAUUAUCAAAAAUUAUUUAAAAGAACAUUUAGAAGUGUCAUCUGAAGACAUCACAUAUUAUUUAUUUAUCUUCCUUUUCCCUUUAUUUUUAUUUGUUUUUGUUUCCUUUUUAAUGGAGAGGGAGACUGUCAUUUUAAUAAUACCAUCUGUUCCAUGGGAGUAAGAACGAGCUGAAGAUUCAUUUGGGGAACCUUACCCGUUCCCCCUUUCUUUGAAAUGGAGAUGUGUACCACAAGCCAGCCUGUUUAUUUCAGUUCUAAAGUAAUCCGAACAUUUCCAUUAGUGUCUGUCAUCUACCAUCUCCUAGAUCAACUUAAUUCACCAAUUUGCCUCUUUCUUUCAUUAAUAAAUAAUGAUCAUUGAGAUCAUUUUGCCUGGGGGAAGUUAACUACUCUCUAGCUGCAGGGAAAUAUAUCUAUCACCUUAUUGUUAUACUGCCUUGUUCAGAAUUCAAGUUUGAGAGAAGGCAGCUCUCUCAGUGAAGCUGUCUUAUGCAUGUUUUGCUUUCAUUGAGUUAAUGCUCUUCCCAGACUGUUCUCUUCAAAGAAUUCCAAGCUUGCAUAUUUACUUAAUUAACAUAGAUUUAACUCUUAUUCCCCAACAACUGCAGGUACUUUUAUUGAGUAUAUCAAUUUGACACACUGAAUGAAAGAAUUUUAAGAAAAACACUGUUCACUUUUAUGUUGUGAUGAGUUAGUUGGCAGCAAGAUUACAUUUCAAGAUGUACCUUACAGAGAGAGGAAAGUAGAUAGACAAUCCUAAAUGUUAAGAUGGUGUUUCAAAUGACAGUUAAGGAAGAGUAGCCCUAAAGAGUAAAAUAGAAAAGUUGGGGUUUAAAUUAUUUCAGAGUAGCUUAGCUAGAACUUGAUAUCAGAAACAGCCUUUAACUGAAAACCUCUUGGCAGUUGAGUGGUACUAACUAGAGUACUGAAGUGUAGGUUGAUACCAAGUUGCAGUGGGAAAUCAAAGGUGAGGCAGCUUGUUUGAAAGCAGUAAUUGUCAGGCUGCACAGUUUUUUAAAAAAUAACUGCACGGUAGCAAGGAAGGCUAGCAGUUCUCUAAGCCCUUCUUUUUUCAGUGUUCUCAUUCACCUUGGCACACAAGUAUGUUUAAUAGGCUAUAUGUCAAAAAUAUUUACAACUUUAAAAAAAGGCUUAAAGGGAACUUACAAACUGAGAAUCUUCUCUGUAUUCGUGGUCAUGGCUAGAAACUUUGGUGCACAAAAGCUAGGAGCCUCUGGUUUCUGCAGACUAUAGGGGUAAGAAGACAAUGGAGGGGCGGUUUGGUAAGCACCCCAGUUCUGCAAGAAAGGCAUAAAUGAUGUCAGGUGAGGUAUAGUUGCUGGGGGAGGCCACACUUUGGGAUGUGAAGGGCUUUUAGUUUGUAAUUUCCCUUUAAAUAAGAAGAAAUGGCUCACAUUUUCCAUAUAUAUCUCAAUGAAUGUACUGUAUUACUGUUUUAAAAAUUUGAUGAAAUAAUAAUGGAUUGGUCUCCUUUUGUUAUCUGGUCCUUGUUUAAUUUGUUUAAGGGUUUUUGUAUACAAAAGUUUACAUUUUUAUGUAUAUUUUUCUUGUGUAAAAACUGAUGUAAUAUGUGUAUAAAACACUGUAUGUAUUAUCUGUAUAUAGUGUGACAAAAUGAUUUUUCUUUCUUUUGGAUGUAUUAAUAAAUCUUGCUGUGAAGUAGCCCUGUUUUUUGUAUACUUUAUUUUGGAUGUUGAUGAAAGCUACUAAUCCAGGGUAGAUAUUUCCCCUUUUGUUAUUUAAAUAGGAUAAAUCCUUACAUAUAUAUCUUAUGUUUUAUUAAGAACUGUGUUUAAUCAUAGUUUGUUAUGGUUAUUUUGAUAAUGAUGUUAUUUGUAAUGGUGGUGGGUUAAUGCUAUCCAGGGUGACUUUAAUAUGGUAUCCAACUUUGAGAACCAACCAAAAGUUGCACUUGAAAUUGUUCUAUUCUGUAAUGGAUAUCUUAUAAGCCAGUUUCUAUUUUAUCUAAUCAAAAGUUUAGAAAAAAAAAAGAAAAAAAGCAUAUACAACAAACCAUUUUCUUUAAAACAUUACCAAGUGCUUACCUUGUGACUUCUUGGAAUUGAGUUGUUCUUUCUUUUUUUAAUAUAGAUUGGAAGUUUCCAUUUCCUGUGCUGUCUUUUGUUGCUGAUGGGUUUUGUGCUACAAAUACGGGCCAAGACAAGAUUUGCAAUAAAAUUAGUAAUCA